ACUGGUGUGUGUGCAGAAUAAUCAGUCAUGAUGAAGUGCUUGUAUCUAGUGUCUGUUCUGUUUCAUGUCGCUGCAGGCUGUGCUCUCUCUGGUAAUUUCACAGAAAUCACACAACACAAAGGUGGUUCAGUGCUGUUACCCUGCUCCUGCUCUGACAACACCAAACCUCAGAAAUUCACCUGGGAGAUCUAUAGAACAGGAAAUCUGACAGAAGUGUUAAAUGAUGAGCACUACCGUGGCAGAUUUCAGCUGUUUAAUAACACUUCUCCUGCUAAUCUGUCUCUGCUCCUAUCUGACCUGAGAGAAGAGGAUGAAGGAGACUACAGGUGCAGAACUGGAUUGCAGGAAUACAGGGAACACAGGCUUUAUGUUAAAGGCUGUGAGCUGGUGAAGGCAGGGUUAGAGGCGGUGACUGGGUUCACAGGAGAGUCUGUAGUUCUGCCCUGCGUCUGCACUGACCUACAGGACAAACCAAAAUCUGUAAAAUGGGCGUUUAGAAGAGAAUCUGGAACAAAUUAUCAGGAAAUUUACCCUGAACAGACUGGACAUCACAGGAACAGAGUCAAACUGGUCAGUAAAAUCCCUUCAAGAAACCUCUCUCUACUCAUACCAGACCUGACUGAAGAGGAUCAGGGAGAGUACAGCUGUUCUGCACAGGCUGAUUUCAAAUAUUUCAGAUUAUCUGUUAAAGUCAGAAGAAGAGAAACUUCAACACACUCAAGGAAAACAGACACAACACCUCCAUCAGAACAGAAUCAGAGUAAAACAACAAACUCUCCACCUGCAGCCUCUUCAACAACACUGGAACAAGAUAAACAGCAAACACACAGCAGCCUCCCUAUAGUUUUUGGCAUUCUGGCGGUUUUAUUGUUGGUGAUACCUGGUGUAGUGACAUUUAUUUGUUGGACACAUAGAGGAGGAAGACGUGGAGAGAACAGGAUGACUGAAGAACGUCCAGACUGGAAGAGAAAGCAGAAGGAUCAGACUGGACCAGAUGAUACUUACUCCACUGUAACCUACAUUAACACCUGGAGCAGCGCGGGUUCAGAUCAACGCUGGAGAGAAAACUGAAUACGCCAGCAUUAUAACAAACUAAUCCACAGUAAAUAUCGAUCCAUUCUCAGAUAUUGUAGAAUAAUGCUGAAAACAUAUA